AUGGCUUCGUCCGUCGUGAGGGCUACGGUGCGGGCCGUGAGUAAGAGGAAGAUCCAGGCUAUCCGCGCUGCCCUGACCCUGACCCCAUCAGCUGUUCAGAAGAUAAAACAGCUUCUUAAAGAUAAACCUGAGCAUGUAGGUGUGAAAGUAGGUGUUCGAACAAGAGGAUGCAAUGGACUUUCUUACACACUAGAAUAUACAAAGUCAAAAGGAGACUCUGAUGAAGAAGUAGUUCAAGAUGGAAUUAGAAUCUUUAUUGAGAAGAAAGCACAGCUGACACUUCUAGGAACUGAAAUGGACUAUGUGGAAGACAAACUGUCCAGUGAAUUUGUCUUCAAUAAUCCAAACAUCAAAGGAACAUGUGGCUGUGGAGAAAGCUUUAACAUUUGA